AUGGUUACCCCAUUGGUGUCCUUGUGGUGGCUACCGUCGAACAUGGGCGACUGCGAGCUACUCAAGUCAGUUUCGCUAGGAAAAGAGAGAGCAAGACAACAUACCUCUAAUCAAGAUAUUAUUAUAAAUUUUGGAGAGAACAGCAGCCGACUAAAAGGAGGGGAUGCUAAGAAAGGUGGAUUCCGAGCUUGCUCUUUUGUUUUUGUACUUGGGGCCUUUGAGAAUAUUGGGUUUGUUGCUAACAUGGUUAGCAUGGUUCUGUAUUUCCACCUUAUGAUGAAACUUGAUCUUCCCACUUCUUCAAAUACUCUUACGAACUUCAUGGGCUCAGUGUUCUUGCUCACACUACUAGGAGGCUUCAUUUCAGACAUUUACUUGAACCGACUGUAUACAAUUUUGAUAUUUGGAUCUCUGGAAGUAAUAGGACUGUCAAUGGUUACCAUCCAAGCUUAUUCAAAAGACCUACGGCCCGAUCUUCUUUGCCAGAGGGAUUGUGUCAAAGGCCGCAUAGCAUUGAUGUUCUAUGGCUCGCUUUCUCUAUUAGCCUUGGGUGCAGGUGGAGUUAAAGGAGCUCUUCCAGCACUUGGUGCUGAUCAAUUUGAUUCCAAGGAUCCAAAAGGAGCAAAGCAGCUUGGAAGCUAUUUUAAUUGGUACUUAUUAAGCACCACUUUUGGAGCAGUAAUUGGUGUCUCAUUCGUAGUGUGGGUCAGCAUGAACGAGGCUUGGUACUGGGGUUUCUUCAUGGGCACUAUGACUGCUAUUAUUGGAUUCAUUGCAGUUGCUCUUGGGAAGCCAUUUUACCGCUUUCCCCCUCUUGGGAACAGUCCUCUACUGAGAAUAGUGCAGGUUAUCGUGGUUGCAAUGAAAAACCGAAGAUUGUCAUUACCAGAAAAUUCUGAUGAACUUUUCGAGAUCAGUGAUAAGGACAUAAAUCAAUACGAUGAAAAACUCUCUCAUACCAAUCAGUUCAGGUCACUAGACAAGGCUGCUAUUCUUCCUGAAGAGACUACUCCAGAGCCUUGGAAAGUUUGCUCGGUGACACAAGUUGAGGAAGUCAAGGUUUUGGCAAGGAUGUUGCCCAUCUUAGCCAGUACCAUUAUAAUGAACACAUGCUUGGCCCAAUUGCAGACAUUCUCAGUGCACCAAGGGUUCUUCAUGGAUCCAUAUAUUUUUGGCAAAAAAUUCCCUUCAGCCUCUGUGCCAGUAAUUCCUCUAGUUUUUAUGAUAUUCUUAAUACCCAUGUAUGAGUUUCUUGUUGUCCCUUUUGCUCGAAAAAUCACUGGACAUCCCUCAGGCAUCACACAACUACAGCGGGUUGGAGUUGGCCUUGUCCUCUCUAUCAUAUCAAUGGUGGUUGCCGGCCUAGUUGAAGUUAAGAGGAGGGAUCAGGCCAUAAAAGAUCCGUACAAGCCUAUUAGUCUGUUCUGGCUUUCCUUCCAAUAUGGAAUAUUUGGACUAGCAGACAUGUUCACCAUUGUUGGACUAAUGGAGUUCUUCUACAAGGAAGCUCCCUCAGGGAUGAAAUCGCUUGCUACUUCCUUCGCGUGGUUAUCUCUAUCAUUUGGCUACUUCUUGAGUACUGCCUUCGUCAACAUUAUAAACACUGUCACUGAGAAGAUCACUCCAAGCAAGACAGGUUGGAUACACGGUGAUAACUUAAAUGUCAAUAAUCUGAAUCUCUUCUAUUGGUUCCUAGCUGUCCUUAGCACCCUCAACUUUAUUAUCUAUCUGUUUUGUGCUUCAUGGUAUAAGUACAAGGAAGACACAGCAGAAUCCGAGACUGGGACAAAGAGCAGAUAUGAUGAUCAAGUUACUCAGAACUAAGAAGCAGCUUUGAAUUUGUAUGAUGAUGAAGGCACUGAUUAGAAAUAUAAUUUGUGGCAGUGUCACCAGAGAGCCAAUAAGUUUAUCACAUAAUCAGCUUGUGAUCCUUUUUUUGUCCCCCUAUAUUCGAUUUAUAUCGCCUAAGGUUUUAUACAUGCUGUUGCAGUUCUGUGCAAAAGUAGUGCCAACUCUUUUGUACAUCAUAAAUAAAA